AUGCUUUUAACGUUGGAAGUUGUCUCUCACACUGGAAGAUCAGCACCAGAGUGUGGCAAGACCAGCUAUGCUCUAAUUGCUAGAGAAGGGUCAGGAGAAAACAUCCCUGACAAGGACGUGACAGAUUCAGAUGCGCCGAAGGAAGUCCUCACUGAUGUGGGUGCACAGGGGAAAUGGGCAGGCUGGAGGAUGGAUUCGAUUUCAGAAAAACAGGCAGCUACAAAUAUUGCAAUAAUGGAGGCAAGAAAUGGCAAGGAUCCAUCUUACAGAUAUUGUCAGAAUAAGAUUCCAGUUCAGUCUCAUUCUGAAAAUGGUGUUCUGAACAACUUGCCACAAGAAUCCCAAGGAAGCUUUCAGCCACUCUGCACGAUCACUGUCAUCACGUUCGGCUUGAAGAAAAUUUCCCUCAUUGAAGGUCAAGAAAGGAGUAGCGUUGGUGAAGUAAAAGCAAGCCAGUCAUCUGAGAGAACAAUAGUCACAGGAAAUCAUUCCACAGCAACCCUAUUCAUCUUAGUGGGUUUGACACAGCAGCCAGAGCUCCAGCUAUCUCUCUUCCUCCUGUUCCUGGGCAUCUCUGUGGUGACAGUAAUGGGGAACUUGGCCUUGGCCCUACUGAUUGCUGUCAGCCCUCCACUCCACCCCAUGUACUACUUCCUCAUCAGCUUGUCCUUCAUCAAUCUCUGCUACUCUUCAGCCAUUACCCCCAAAAUGCUGGUGAAUUUUCUAAGGAAGAAGAAUACAAUCCUUUAUUCUGAGUGUAUGACACAGCUCUUUUUCUUUAUGGUCUUUGUGGUGGCUGAAGGUCACCUCCUGACUGCAAUGACAUACAACCACUAAGCUGCCAUCUGCAACCUGCUGCUCUACAGUGUGAUCAUGUCCUCUUGGGUCUGCUGCCUGCUCAUGCUGGUUGUCUUUAUUCCUGGGCUUUCUCUCUGCCUUCCCCACCUCAUCAGCCAUUACUUCUGUGAUAUCCUUCCUCUCCUCAACCUUUCUGACUCCAGUACACACCUCAAUGAGCUUCUGCUUUUUGUCAUUAUGGGAUUUAACACCUUGGUGCCCAUCCUAGCUAUCUUCACUUCCUACACCUUCAUCUUCUACAGCAUCCUUAGCAUCCAGUCCUCAGGGGGCUGGUCCAAAGCUUUCAGAACUUGCAGCUCUCAUCUUGUGGCUGUGGGGGCCUUCUUUGGUUGUAUCACAUUCAUGUAUUUCAAGUCCCCUUCCAGUAACUCCCUAGAAUAGGAGAAGGUCUUCUCAGUGUUUUACACAACAGUGAUGCUGCUGAACCCUCUGAUAUACAAUCUGAGGAACAAGGAUGUGAAGGAAGCAGUGAGGAAGCUUUUGGUGAAGAAAUGUUUUGCUACUGGGAAUUUAUAG